CACACUUCACAUCCUGUAUCCCCCCACCACCACCCCCAUGUGGUCGAUCUCUGAGUUUGGGAUGAACCUCUGCCAGGGGAGCCACUCUCCCUGACACUGUCCUGUGGUUCAACCCUGGAUUCACCAGCUGGAGCGAACAUCACUGAGGACUGAGCAUGGCACAGUAUUAAUCAACACAUGCAGGAUGUACAGGGCUGCUUCUGCUUUUUCAAAUGGACGGACACACUGGAAAGUCUUGUAGCAAAUUGGACAAAGAUAUAAAAAACAGCAAGAGGUGAGGGUGAAGGACACCACCAACUCCGGACUUAUCAGGUACAAUGUGAAUUUGAUUACAACACAACUUUCAAAGAGUUUACAACAGUGUAAGGCAAGAAAAGGUGUGUCCUGUUAUCUAUUAUGGUAUGUACAUGUUCAUGGUGAUGUGACGGCUACAUAUAACUGACCCCACGUCUUCCACUUCACCUGCGUGGGGGGAUUAUUUCCACACCUGAGACUCAUGUGAAGUCAGCACACGGUCCAUGGACUCACUACAUCUGCCUCAGCCAAUGGAGUCUGAAAACAAAAGCAAAGAAGACCGCAAAGACAAAGAGGAAAAUGCAAGGAAAGAGGUUAAAGCGAGCCCUGCACAUUCGACUCUCGCCUUAAUUGAGGGCGAGCAGGGGGAGGUGGACCCAUGGGACAUGCCAGAACUGAAGGACACUGGGGUCCCGUGGUCAGCUCUGGACACUGAAGGGAAGGUGCUGAGGGUUCUGGUGUCAGUAGGGAAGAUAGCCUUGCUGCUGGGUUUCCUCUACAUGUUCAUCUGCUCACUUGACAUCCUCAGCUCGGCUUUUCAGCUGGUCGGAGGUAAAGCAGCAGGUGACAUCUUUCAGGACAACAGCGUUUUGUCCAACCCUCUGGCCGGUUUAGUUAUUGGUGUUUUGGUGACCCUGUUGGUCCAAAGCUCAUCCACGUCGUCCUCCAUAGUAGUCAGCAUGGUUUCCUCUGGAUUGCUAACAGUCCAGCUGGCCGUUCCUAUCAUCAUGGGCACCAACAUCGGCACCUCUGUCACCAACACGCUAGUUGCUAUGACACAGGCUGGUGACCGCAGUACUUUUCGCAGGGCUUUUGCAGGGGCCACGGUGCAUGACUUCUUCAACUGGCUGUCGGUGCUGGUGUUGCUGCCUCUGGAAGUUGCCACAGGUUAUUUGUAUGUGGUCACUAAGCUCAUCAUUGACUCUUUCAACAUCCAGAGUGGAGAGGCCCCAGAUCUGUUGAAUGUAAUCACUGAUGUUCUCACUGAAUCCAUAAUACAGUUGGAUGAGUCUGUCAUUAGUGGAAUUGCCACUGGAGACCCAGAGGCAAGGAAUAAGAGUCUCAUCAAGAAAUGGUGCCAAACCUUCACAAACACAACAUUAAUGAAUGUUACAGUUCCUGGUCCAGAGAACUGCACUGAUCCAUUGUUCUGCUGGGAUGAUGGAAACCAAACUAUUACACUGAAGAAUGUUAGUAAAACAUACAACAUUGGGAAAUGUAAACACCUUUUUGUGGACGUGGCCCUGCCGGACCUGGCUGUGGGUCUGAUCCUGCUGGCUCUGUCUCUGCUGGUGCUCUGCUCCUGUCUGGUCCUCAUUGUCAAACUGCUCAACUCCAUGCUGAAGGGACAAGUAGCUGCAGUCAUAAAGAAGAUCUUGAACACCGAUUUUCCAUUUCCAUUCGGCUGGGUCACAGGUUACAUUGCCAUUAUAGUGGGAGCUGGAAUGACCUUUGUUGUGCAGAGCAGUUCGGUGUUUACUUCUGCUAUUACUCCACUUGUCGGUAUUGGUGUCAUCAGCAUAGAGAGAGCGUAUCCACUGUCACUGGGAUCAAAUAUUGGCACAACCACCACUGCCAUCCUGGCAGCUAUGGCCAGUCCAGGAGACACACUGGGGAAUGCACUGCAGAUUGCUCUUGUGCACUUCCUGUUCAACAUCACAGGCAUCGUCCUUUGGUACCCAGUCCCCUUCACUCGUAUCCCCAUCCGGCUGGCGAAGAGCUUAGGGAGCGUCACCGCCUCCUACCGCUGGUUUGCAGCCGUCUACAUCAUCUUCUGCUUCUUCCUUCUGCCUCUCUUUGUCUUCAGCCUGUCGCUGGCCGGUUGGAAGGUACUGGUAGGUGUGGGCGUUCCUCUAAUCGUCUUACUGAUCUUCAUCAUUGUGAUCAACGUGCUACAGAAACGUAAACCUGGAUGUCUGCCUGCUGUGCUGAGAUCCUGGGACUUCCUCCCUCUCUGGGCUCACUCUCUGGCUCCCUGGGAUAAAGUUGUUAGUGUGAUUACUGCCAAAUGUUGUUGCUGCUGUAAAUGUUGUCAAAUUGCCACUGAUGAUGAGAAAAAAACAGAGGAAAACAAUCAGACAACACACAUGGAGGCAUAUGAUAAUCCUGCUAUGAAUACAGAGAAAGAGAUGGAAAAUGAGAUAAAGAUAGAGCUUAACAUAUUAAACAUGACUAGACUUUAAAGUGUUAUUUAAUGAGUGCAUGAUAGUGAUGGAUGAGAAUAUACAUUGUUUAUGGUGCCAUAAUCAAACACAAUGAGAUAAAAACUCAAAUUCCUACAAUGUAGGUGUACAUUCUUUCAGUAUUUCCUUCCAAGUGUCAGUUCCCCUCAGUGGUUUUAGGGAAAGAUAACAAUAAGACUGACCCUCAUUUCUAUUACUUUGUUCCUGUCACCGAACAUCAUGAAAAGACCAAAAUCAAUAAUGUAUUAGAUGAUUCCUCAGAUACCUUCUGACUCUCCAGUCGUUGUCUAUGAAUCUCAAACCUAAAGGUUCCCACUGAAGAUAUUAACCUUUACAAUGACUUACAUUUUUACAAUUCAUAAAUUUAUCUGUACUUCUAAAUGGAACUGUGCAUUUAUGAGGGAUUAUUAUAUAUACUGGAAAAAACCACAUCUGGUGUUUAAAACAGUUUAACAUAAAUUACAGUGAACAUUCUUUGCUCUAAAAUAAUACUAAGAUUUGUCAUUUUUUAACAGGAGGUUUUUCCUCAUUCAGACCCAUGAUGUAAUAUAUUUUACAGAUUGGAAAAGGCCUAUAAAUAGAUUUCAAUUUGAUUUGAUAUAUCAGACUUCUAAACAAUAAAAUCAGCUCAUUCUUAGUCCAGUCUUUGCAUCACCUCACCUAUCAUUUAAAAUUUUAAUCUUUAUUUAAGUGUCAAGCUUUGCACAAGAAAUGAAGAGGUGGAAGAUGGUUAUUGGAUGUCGUCUAAUUGAAUAAUGACUGAAUUAAUUAUAAUCAGAUGUACAAGAAGUCAAAUUGUGAUUAUUAUCUUUUUUUCAAGCACAGAAAAAUCUUAACUGGUUUUAUUAAACAGUACAAAGAAAAGUUUGUAUUACACUUAAUCCUGGUAAAAUGUGACAAUUGUAUGUCCUUUUCUGCACAGAUGCCUACACACCAGAUAUAAUUGACCUGUAAACAGAUCUGUGGCCUAAAUUAAAAGUUACACAUGGUCAUGAUGAUCUAUAUUUCUAUCAUUUUUCAUUUUUGGAUGUUUACAAGAAGAUCUUUCUGUGUACCAGACACACUGACAUCUUUAACACAUCGUUUUAAGGUGUAAAUUAUUUUAUAAUUUAGAAAGAUAAUUGUAUUCAAGGAAUAUGUAGCUUCAAAUGAGAUGAAUGUAUAUCUGACUGAAUGACUGCAAUUUUUAAUAUUUGGUGUCAAGUUGUGGCUAUAAAUGUCUCCAUUAUACAUGAAAAAAUAAAAACAUUAUUUAACUCAAA